UUUAACAUCGCCUAACCAACAGCUAAACUCUCUUCAAUACGACUCCAUUCCUAUCCAUUUAUUGACGGUCGCCUUCAAAGACUAGGAGCCUCGUCUCCUCUUCUCUGUUCUCAAGCUCCAUGGCUGGCCCCUCCCUUUCGCUUCGCAGCUCUCAGCUACCAUACUUGCUGCUAUUGGUAAUACUGGGACUGUUUAGCUUUGCAAGCUCGGACUUUGCGAGCGACCGGGCGGAGUGCGCGAACCAGCUCACAGGGCUGGCAACAUGUCUCACCUACGUCGAGAACAGAGCCUCGACUCCAACACCAGACUGCUGUUCUGGCCUCAAGCAGGUCCUGGCCACGAAUCGCAAAUGCCUGUGCGUUCUCAUCAAAGAUCGCGAUGAGCCCGGUCUCGGGAUCAAGUUAAACGUCACAACUGCCAUGGCUCUACCUUCCGUGUGUCGUGCAUCUUCUAAUAUAUCUGAAUGCCCAAAGCUUUUGAACCUGCCUCCAGGCUCAGCAGAAGCCCAGAUUUUCGAGCAGUACGGAAGAUCUCCUCCAGCAGCCCGAUACGAAGGCAAACGCCGGUGCGUCGACGAGCAACGAGGCCGGGAGUGCGAGUGCACAAGGGAAUUGCCAUGGAGGAAAGAAAUGGUUGGGAGUGGGGAAGGUUGGUGGCAUGUCCUCAUCUUUUCUACUUCUCGUUGCCUACCUGCUCCUGGGUGGCUAAGCUGGCCACAGAAUAAAAUAAAAAGAGACAGUUUAGGUUUGGUCACAAAGACGUUCUUGUCUCUCUGUACUUCCAAACCACUGAACCCAAUACUUUGCCUCUCCAAUCAUCCAUCUUGUUCCUGUUGUUGGCUAUUGCCUGGAAUCUCUCCUUUUCUCUCUGUACUAAAUCCUUUGCUUUUGUAUUUAUAUAUAUAUGGCUUGCAGUGUGGUCUAUUGGACAGAUAAAA